UAACAACAUUUGAAAACUGAGAAUGGUCAGGGUAAAGUUUGUGUUGCUUGUUCUUAUUCUUGAUUUUACUGAAGCAUCCAACCCGGAUGGGACUUGUGACAGUGACAGUGAUUGUACAGACCCAAACUACAAAUGUUGUACCGGAACGGUGUGGUGCUGCCCUCCUGGUUAUAUGUGUACCGGAGGCUCUUCUUGUCUCAGUAUAGGCUUGAUCAUCGGUCCUAUCGUCGUUGUAAUUGCCAUUAUUGCGUGUGUCGUCGUCGCUAUCUUUUGUUACAGAAAGAGACAGCACACAGCAGGUGUUGUGUACAAUCCUCAUGGAGUAACACCUAAAUUUUAACUUGCUCAACAUGGUCAGGAACAAUUCUCCAGGAUACAAGGUUACAGAAAACCACAGAAUGAAGAUCAACUAAACCCAAGAGCAUGCGAAUAGAGAUAGAGAG